AAACUGGCAAAGGUUCGCUGUGCUGCAUUUACAGGCUCGGCCAGUGAAAGAGAGCAACUCCCACGACCGGUCAGCUCAGUCUGCUGCUGCUGAAAGGGGCGCGCACACACACACACACACACACACACAACAGCCUGUGCUGCAUCAAGAGGGAGCAAGGAGGGACACACGGAGUGGGAAUACUCUGAGGGAGAAGAAGGAGUCCCACAGAGGAAGUGGAUUGUUGGGGAGUAGUGCAAAUAUGUUCUCUGCACCGCAGCGCUCCAUGCACCUGCUCCAGGACCGCAGCGCUUUUUGAUUAUGUGGAGGGACUGACAAAUAUCCAUUGUGGACCUGCAGGUUCUCAUACAUUUGAUUCUGUGACACCACUGCAACGUAGGAUCCUGAGGGUAGAGGACCUGACCCAAACUCGCCUCCCCUCAUCUCUCUCUCCCCCUCCCUCCCUCCCUCCCUCUCCCUCGGUUUCCAUCAGUCCUGAGCCCACCAUGGGAGGAUGCUUCUCCAAACCCAAACCAGUUGAAGUCAAAGUGGAGCUCUCUCUCCUGGAAAACGAAAAAGAGGUGGACGGCCUUUCGCCGAACGGCAAGGCCAGUCCCUUUGCAGACUGCAGACCGAACGGGGCUCUCGGACACAGCUCGGACGACGACUCCGCCUUGCUCCAAGCUUACCACAGAUCACGGGACUAUGUGGAGGCCUCUGUCUGUCAUGUCAAAGAUCUGGAAAACGGACAGAUGCGAGAGGUUGACUUGGGAUGUGGCAGAGCGCUGUUGAUUAAGGAACAUGGCGAGUUCUCAGCGAUGGGCCACAAGUGUCCACAUUACGGCGCACCACUCGUCAAAGGUGUGCUGUCGAAAGGACACGUGCGCUGCCCGUGGCACGGCGCUUGUUUCAACAUCGCAACAGGCGACAUCGAAGACUUCCCCGGCCUGGACAGCCUGCCGACCUUCCAGGUCAGAGUUGAAAAGGACAAGGUCAUCAUCCGAGCAAACAAGCAGGCUCUUCAGUCGCAGAAACGGUCAAAGGCCAUGGCAAGAUGUUCCGCGGUCAUUAACUCCAGCACAAGCUUGACGAAUGUUUUAAUUAUUGGGUCAGGUCCAGCAGGUCUAGUGUGUGCAGAGACGCUGAGGCAAGAGGGCUUCACUGAGCGCAUCGUCAUAUGCACCAUGGACAGACAUCCUCCUUAUGACAGGCCUAAACUGAGUAAGUCCCUAGACAGCACAGCGGAACAGCUGAGGUUACGUUCCAGGGACUUCCUGCACGAUCACGACAUUGAAUUGUUCACAGAAAAAGAGGUGGUGGCAAUAGAUGUGAAGAUGCGCUCUGUCACCUUUGAAGAAGGCUUGAGGAUGGAAUACAGAAAACUCUUUGUCGCUACAGGAAACAAACCCAAACCUCUUAACUACAAGGGCGGGGAUGUCAGGAAUGUUUUUCACCUCCGGACGCCUGAGGACGCUAACAGCAUAGCGAGGCUGGCCAACAACAAGAACGCUGUGAUUGUGGGAACAUCAUUUGUCGGUAUGGAGGUGGCUGCAGCUCUGACUGACAAGGCCCACUCUGUCUCGAUCAUUGGGGUUGAGUCAGUCCCAUUUAAAAAAGCCCUCGGUGAGAAAGUAGGGAAAGCCAUCAUGAAGCUUUUUGAAGCCAACAGGGUGAAGUUCUACAUGCUGAAUGAGGUGUCAGAGAUGAUUGGCCAUCAUGGACAGCUGAAAGAGGUAGUGCUGAAGAGUGGCAAAGUCCUGCGGGCAGAUGUCUGUGUCAUCGGAGCUGGAUGUGUUCCAGCAACAAGCUUCUUGAAACAGAGCGGCAUUCACAUGGACUCAAAGGGCUUCAUCACCGUCAACAAGAUGAUGCAGACAAAUGCCGAAGGGGUCUUCGCUGGGGGAGAUGUCGUGACCUUUCCCUUCUCGCCACGCAACAAUAAGAAGGUUAACAUCCCUCACUGGCAAAUGGCUCACGUGCACGGAAGGGUAGCAGCUCUCAACAUGGUGGGCAGAGUCACUGAGGUGAAAACAGUGCCUUACUUCUGGUCAGCCAUGUUUGGGAAGACCAUACGCUAUGCAGGUUAUGGGGAUGGAUUUGAUGAUGUCAUCAUUCAAGGUGAUCUGGAUGAACUGAGAUUUGUCGCAUUUUACACGAGGGGUGAGGAGGUGGUUGCGGUGGCCAGCAUGAACUACGAUCCCAUUGUGUCCCGAGUGGCUGAGGUCUUAGGAUCCGGAAAGACGAUUAAGAAACGAGAUGUGGAGACUGGAGACAUUUCCUGGUUGAUUGACAAGGGCUCCCAAUAACUUCACGUGUACACAUGCACGGAGCAGGUGUGCACUGUAGUUCUGGAUACAGACACUAAAUGGUGCUGAGACAAAAGGCAGCUAUCUCUAGUCUGAGAUCUGUGACUGUUCAAUCUACUGAAAUGUAACAGAGAGAGAGCGCUGAGUCAGCAGGACUUUGGUGACCCGACUUGUCAUGUUUCAAACCAUCGUGGAUUCGGCUGCAAGAUGUCAUUUUCAUGUACCUUUGUUUAUAACAAGCCAUGAAUGGGCAUUGACAAGAGUGUAUAUAGCUAUAAUCUUGAAUGCGCUGCCCUGCAAUAAAAACAACUUCUAUUUGGGCUGAUUUAUUUUUAUUUUUUUCCGAAUAAUGCAUUGAGUGUGUUCUUGCACACAGGCUUAUCCGCAUGAUACAUUUUCAAGUUUUCUGUAUAGAAUCUUCACUGGACCCUUCAAUAGUCACACAUGCAUCAUCUAACGCGAUCCAACAAAAGGGGUGCAUCCAAGAUUGAUAUGGAUCUCAUCUGAGUGUGUAAAUGUACCUUGCGGUGUGACUUGUGAGUGACUUUGGAACACACGUGCAGCUUUAAUUUGUACUUAACAUAUAAAGAUUAAAUUAUACCUCUUACUCAUGGCUGUCUUGCUAGAUUGCACAAAAGGUUUGAUCUCUUUGAUUCCUCAUUCAUGCUUGUAUGUCAGAUUAACUGUAAAUUUUGUUUAACACAAUACAGGAUGAUGAUCAUGAUGAUGCUAAUUGCUAAUAGCAGUCUCCUCCAUUGGGAUGUUUUAUUACUAACUCAGGGAACUAAGGUUUGUGGCCUCCAUCGGUACCCUGUACUUUUUCAAGAAAGACAUUUCCUGGUGAAAUUUUUAUUUUCCAGUUAUUAUAUCUUCACUGGUUCUGUUUGUAUGAAUUAGAGACACUGGUAAUAUACAGAGCUCCAGCGUAAAACACAAGGUUUUUAAAAAAAUAUAUUGUUCAUCCUACAAAAGGAGCAAGGAUAGGAUUUUUAUAUCUUUGAAAUAAAGGUCUUCUGCCUCA